GAAUAUAACACAAAAAUGGCUAGUUUAAGGUUGUUCUUGUGUUUCUUUCUCUUUACUGCAAGUUCUGUCAACAUUGUAUGCAGCCGUAGUCUGCAAAAAGAUCAUAUCGCCUUGUUUGUCUUUGGGGAUUCAGUGUAUGAUCCUGGAAAUAAUAACUACAUCGACACGAUUGCUCGGGCAAAUUAUUAUCCAUAUGGUGAAACCUUCUUCAAAUACCCCACUGGGAGGUUUUCUGAUGGUCGUUUAAUUCCAGACUUUAUUGCCGAGUAUGCAAAUUUACCACUAAUUCCACCAUAUCUUCAACCUGGGAAUCAUGAAUUUACUACUGGGGUCAACUUUGCUUCAGCUGGAGCUGGUGCUUUGUCUGAAACUAAUCAAGGAUUCGUGAUAGAUUUGAAAACCCAGCUAAGUUAUUUCAAGAAGGUGGCAAAGCAGUUGAGACAGGAACUAGGUGAUGCCGAAGCCAUGGCUUUCCUCUCCAAAGCUGUUUACUUAAUUAACAUUGGAAGCAAUGAUUACGUAUUACCUUUCACCUCAAACUCCACCGUCUUUCAGUACUUCUCCAAACAACAAUAUGUUGGAAUGGUGAUUGGCAAUCUAACUGAGACUAUCAAAGAAAUACAUAUGGAAGGAGGAAGGAAAUUCGGGUUUCGAAACUUUGGGUCAAUGGGAUGUAUCCCAUUACUGAAAGCACUUGUACCUGGAAAUACAGCAGGUUCCUGCUUUGAACAAGUAAAUGAACUCGCAAAACUGCACAACGCAGCUCUCACUGAAGCCCUGGAAGAGAUGGAGAUCAAACUAGUACAAUUCAAAUACUCAAUGCAUCAUUUGAAUAUUUAUCUUAGUGAACUGACGAAAAACCCCGGAAGAUUUGGUUUCAAGGAGGUAAAUAAAGCAUGUUGUGGAAGCGGUCCAUACAGAGGAAUUUCGAGCUGUGGGGGGAGGAGGGGUGUGACAGAAUACGAAUUAUGUUCAGACCCUACUCAAUAUUUUUACUUUGACUCGAGCCAUGUUUCUGAAAAGGCCAACAAACAGAUUGCUCAGCUGAUGUGGAGUGGACCACCUAAUAUUACGGGGCCUUACAAUCUAAAAGCAUUCUUUAAAAUGGCACGUUUAGUGUUGUUGUGGUGUUUCUUUAUUUUCACUGCAACUUCUGUCAACCUCGUAUGCAGCCGUAGUCCGCAAAAAGACCAUACCGCCUUGUUUGUCUUUGGGGAUUCGCUGUAUGAUCCUGGAAACAAUAACUACAUUGACACAAUUAUUAAGGCAAAUUAUUAUCCAUAUGGUGAAACUUUCUUCAAAUACCCUACAGGGAGGUUUUCUGAUGGUCGUAUAAUUGCUGACUUCAUUGCUGAGUUUGCAAAUUUACCACUCAUUCCACCAUAUCUCCAACCUGGGAAUCAUGAAUUUACUUAUGGGGUCAACUUUGCUUCAGCUGGAGCUGGCGCUUUGUCCGAAACUUAUCAAGGAUUUGUGAUAGAUUUGAAAACUCAGUUAAGUUAUUUCAAGAAAGUGGCAAAGCUGAUGAGAAAGGAACUCGGUGAUGCAGAAGCCACGGUCAUCUUCUCCAAAGCUGUUUACUUAAUUAACAUUGGAGGCAAUGAUUACAUAUCAUUUUUAACCUCAAACUCCACCGUAUUUCAGUCCUCCUCCAAACAAGAAUAUGUUGCAAUGGUUAUGGGCAAUCUAACUGAGACUAUCGAAGAAAUAUAUAAGAAAGGAGGAAGGAAAUUUGGGUUUCUAAACAUGGGGUCAUUGGGAUGUGUCCCAUCCAUGAAAGCACUCGCACCUGGAAAUACAACAGGUUCCUGCUUUGAACAAGUUAAUGAAAUCGCAAAACUGCACGAUGCAGCUCUGCCUAAAGCCCUGGAAGAGUUGGAGACCAAACUAGUAGAAGUUAAAUAUUCAAUGCAUUAUUUGAAUAUUUCUUAUGCUGAAAGAAGGAACAAUCCCGAAAAAUAUGGUUUUAAGGAGGCAAAUAUAGCAUGUUGUGGAAGCGGUCCAUACAGAGGAAUGUUUAGCUGUGGGGGAAGGAGGGGUGUGACAAAAUAUGAAUUAUGUUCAGACCCUAAUGAUUAUUUGUUCUUCGACUCUGACCAUCUUACCGAAAAGGCCUGCAAGCAGAUUGCCCAGCUCAUGUGGAGUGGAACACCCAAUAUCACGGGACCUUACAAUCUGAAAGCAUUGUUUGAAGCAUGAUAUUUGAUUUGAUCCAAUAUCAUCUCAACAUGAUUACUUUGUUGUUUACCUAAAUAAAGCCUUAGCAUGAGAUUUAUAAGACAAGACAAAUCUCCUUGGUAUACAAUCUAGGCCUUCUUGUCUUUGAAGACUGCCCAUGUUUUUUCUUUCAGAAUACUGGUUUAUAGUGUAAAUGACCAAAAUUUGCAUCCAAGUACGUACUAAAAUACAGCUACUUAAUGGCAAUAUAAUUAAGAAGUGAAAAAUGAGGGGAGCUGGAAGAAAUGGGAAACAGAAUAAAUCAGCCAGACAAUACUAGUUGAUAAUAUUACUUAUACAACAAAAAAGGGCAACUCUUACUUCCUGCCGACAUCUUUUGUCUUGGUUACGUCUUCAAUGGAGCCUUUUUCUCUCUAUCGGAUAUUCGUGCAGGACCUGUCGUAUGUGAUUUGAAGCGGCCUCUCCCUCCUUCCUCUUUUUCCUGGAAAAAUCCGUAUUCAUAUUGUUCAAUUUUGUUUUACAUUAAAAAUACACUGGUGCAUGCCCACAGCCAAGCAAGUUCUUAAAUUGUUGGAAUUAUUAUGAAGCCGUUCAGACAGCAUUAUAUUAGUAUGAACAUGAGUUUACAGUUUCUAA